AAAUCUUUGGAAUUUUUUUUAAUUGUUUUACUUCAAUGAUGGGAAGGAAGAAGGGGAAAGACAAAGGCUCAGUUCAAAGAAUUUUUUUUUAAAAAAAAACAUAUAAAAGAGGGCAAUCUUUUCUGAAUCGACCCAAACUUAUCAAACAAUCUUUUCUUACAAACAAUCAAAACAUGGCUCGUAUUUCUCAAAUCUGUCUUGCUCUUCUUGCUGUUGCCUUCACUGCUACUUCUGCUGCUCCUUGUUAUGAUGGUCAAAGCUCAGUUGCUACUGUUAACUCUAAUGGUUCAGUUACACCUAUUGCUCAAGUUGAUGUUACCAAGAAUGCUGAUGUCGACAAUGAUGAAGCUGAAAACGACGGUGAUGAUGUCUCUGACGCUGUUGAUGCCUCCGUUGAUGUUGAUGCCUCUGUUGACAAUUCUGUAGAUGACUCUGUCUCUGACGAUGACUCUGUUGAUGACUCUGCUGAUGUCUCUGAUAAUGCCUCUGAUAAUGUUAAUGCCUCCAUUGAUGUUAAUGCCGAAGCUACCACUGAUAGUGUAUCUUGUGUUGAUGGUGAUAGCACUGACAUAGACAAUGUGUCUACUGAUGAUAUCAAGGAUACUAUUGAUGUUAUUACUGGCCAUAGCUCCACUAGUGUCACUCAUGAAGCUAAUAGUGUAGUCGCUGCUGCUGACGGAGUAAACAGAAACUCCCUUCUUGGCGUGACCACUGGUUACAUUGGUACUGGUCCUAUUAACUUGGAUAACCUCGCUACAAAUGCUCUCAGCUCUGGUAACUUUGGAGAUGGUAUUUACCAAGCUCAAGCCGAUCGUGCUCCUUCUGUUACCUCUGUAGAGAGUGGCAAUGGCGGUGGUCUUCUUGAUGUUACUGCUGGUUAUAUUGGCACUGGUCCUAUUAGCGCAGACAAUGCCCUUACCAAUCUUCUUGCCUCCCGUUCAAAUGGCCCUUUCUAUGCUCAGUCUGCUGAUUCCUCUGAUGCUCUUUCUACUGUUGAUGUCAGUGAUGGCACCAGCGGAUCGGUUGCAAAUGUUGCUGCUGGAUACGUAGGAACUGGUGUUAUCAAGGCCGACAACCUUGGUACUAACCUUCUCAGUGGCGAUGGCUCUAACGGUGGUCUUCUUAACCGCAUCUUGUAAAAAGAGAAGGAAAAGAAAGAGAUAGCAUACGCAUAGCAUCUUAGCAUUUUUCACCAUUCAUUCAUACUUUUAUCCAUCUUUUCAUUACUUACAACAUUUUUUUAAUAAACAUAACCCAUACACUAUAUAACUUAUUUGAAUGCG